GCUUUGCCAAAGUUACGCGGGGAGGUAAAUAAAUUGUUCGAACACCUGGAACGAUUCAAACUGAUGGAGAAUUCGAAGGUGCAACUGAAGGACGCAACCUGCGAACUUGCUUGGGCAAACGUAAGGGAUCUCGAAAAAACGCUGGCUAGACUUGGAAAAGAACUUGAGGAAGAACAACAGAAAGUGCGCUCGGUUUUGGACAAAAUAGACAAGACGAAGGACGAAGAAAGGGAGGCAGUUGAUGCUAUGAAGCCAUUGGAGGUGAAGCAGUCGCAACUGAAGAGACGCCAUCAGGCGAUGGAAACCAAAAUAUCGGCCAUCUCUGUUACCCUUGAUCAAAUGCACAAAAGUUUUGUUGCGAAAAAGUCAGUGAUAAAGACAGAGAAAACGGAGUUGCAGAUGAUCACGUCAGAAAAGACGAGCGUCGAAGAACACUUGAGAAAAUUGCUCAGUGCGGCUUCGGAAGAAGAGUUGAUGGCCAUGAAGGCUAAAAUCGCUGAAGUGGAGAUUGAAUUCAAAAACGCCAGCAGUCGAUUGGCCGUUUCGGAAAAGAAUGUGGAGAAGGCGCAAAACGUCGUUAGCAAAGUUGAAGAACAGUCAAAUUCAAUGCGGAUGCGAUUGGUGCAGAUCGAAAACCUAUUGCGUCAGUAUGGUAUGCAGAUACGAGUGCUGCGUGAGUCCGAAAGGAACCGAAUGGCACGUUUUGGUCCUUAUGUGCCGGAGCUGGUGGAAAAAAUGAAGCACGCCUACAGUGCCGGUCGAUUUAAGAGGAAGCCCCGUGGACCAUUAGGCAUCUAUGUCGAAGUCCAAGAUCCAGAUUGGAUGUUACCUGUCGAAUGCUGCGUUGGGUUCGGCAACGAACAGUUGCGCAGCUAUGUCGCACAGGAGCUCAGGAGAUCAGACGUUGUGACCGUUUUGACGGCUAUGACUACCGACGAUCCGGUAAUCAUCAACGCUCUAGUCGAUUCACGGAACAUCGACCGAGUCGCUCUCUUCAAAGACGACAGCGAAAUGCGACGUGUCAUGCAUAAUCGGCCCCCGAGAAAUAUAAAAGAGGCGUUUUCCAGCUGCGCUUCUCAUUGUUUAACUGAGCCAGUAUUUCGGUACUACCCACAGAAAAAUCAACGUCCCCUGCUUCUUCUACGCUCAUUCAAGAGUCAGAUCGCAAGUGUCGAGGAGGAGGCACGAAAGGCAGCUAAAGAGCGCGAUUCGAUACGGUCGCGUAUGCUCCAGCAUGAUGCCAUGCUCAGGAAAUCACGGGCUGAUCUACUUCUUCUCCAAGACGAGGCGUCGUACAUCUCAAACGAUGUGACUAAACAUAAGGAAAAGCUCGACAAGCUGAAAUUAGACCUGCUUAAUCUACAUCCCCCUGACGAGACGAUCGAACUGCUGCACAAAGAGUUGAAGAAAUGCGAAUCACAAAUCCUAGAAAAACAGGAAAUUAUAAAAUCCGCUGAAGAGCAAGCGACAAUUGAGGAAGACGCCCUGAAGUCCAAAAAGGCAGAAUAUGACGAACUCAGCGGCGAAAGCAGUGCGAUUUCGACCGAGCUUAGGCAUAUUUCCAACCAGUUGGAAUGCCAACGUGACAAAGUGCAAGAAAGUAGGACAGUCAGAGCCACAUAUAAACAAGAGUUGAUAAAUCUGCAGAAUCGCGACUGCGACCUCAAGGCUCAGAUUGCGGAGACGCAGCAACAGCUGAAAUCGGCAACGACAAAGGCGAAGAAUCUAAGUCCUAAUCGCAUUGUUUCUUCUCAGUCAGUGACUGCGAUCGAAAUUAACAUUACUCGCUUGAAGAAGUUCAUCCAGGGGUCAGAGUUGCGAUUGGGUAAUUAUGAAGAAACGCGGAAAAAAUAUGAAGAAAAGAUAUCUGAAUUAGACUCUCUUUCGCAGCAUAUAAACGAUUUGCGCGGCGUUAUUAUGUUUGACCUUAUCCCCCAGUCCGCGAUCGAUUUCUUUGCCAGAAAGUACGAAUUUCUGCUCAUCGUCGAUUCGAUUCUGUUCAUUUGUUUAAUGCAAGUGAACUAG